GGCGGCAGCAGGUGGGAGCGGGGCUGUUGAUAUCAAUAUGGCGGUUGUCAACCAGACAAAGACAGUCAGUCUGAUGUGAUUGAGACAAGGGAGGUUUUCAGGGGGAAACUGGGAGACAGGGGCCUCCCCUCCCCCUUGUGCUCUUCCUGCGCGGCCUCAGCCCUCCCAGCCCCUCCCGACGGGCGCCCCACGCAGAAGACACCCCACCCCCUCCCGCCUCCCUCCUCCCUACCCCAGCCCUUCGCACCGGGACGUUGGGGAGGGGGCUGUGCCGGGCAAGGGAACUCGGCGAGGAUUCGGAGAAUGGUAAAGAACACUGAUCAUCUCUGGAAAACUUAUUGAUCCACCUCAUGUAAAGUAUGCUCAGUUCCUUUCCAGUGGUUUUGCUGGAAACCAUGUCUCACUAUACAGAUGAACCCAGAUUUACCAUAGAACAGAUAGAUCUGCUUCAGCGCCUUCGGCGUACUGGAAUGACUAAACAUGAAAUUCUCCAUGCCUUGGAGACUUUGGACCGUCUUGAUCAAGAGCAUAGUGACAAGUUUGGAAGAAGGUCCAGUUAUGGAGGAAGUUCAUAUGGGAACAGUACCAACAAUGUUCCAGCAUCUUCCUCUACAGCUACAGCCUCUACACAGACCCAGCAUUCGGGAAUGUCCCCAUCACCUAGCAACAGUUACGAUACCUCCCCACAGCCUUGUACUACCAAUCAAAAUGGGAGGGAGAAUAAUGAGCGAUUGUCUACAUCCAAUGGGAAGAUGUCACCAACUCGCUAUCAUGCAAACAGCAUGGGUCAGAGGUCAUAUAGUUUUGAAGCCUCAGAAGAGGACCUAGAUGUAGAUGAUAAAGUGGAAGAAUUAAUGAGGAGGGACAGCAGUGUGAUAAAAGAGGAAAUCAAAGCCUUUCUUGCCAAUCGGAGGAUUUCCCAAGCAGUUGUUGCACAGGUAACAGGUAUCAGUCAGAGCCGGAUCUCUCAUUGGCUGCUGCAGCAGGGAUCAGACCUGAGUGAACAAAAGAAAAGAGCAUUUUACCGAUGGUAUCAACUUGAGAAGACAAACCCUGGGGCUACACUGAGUAUGAGACCAGCCCCCAUUCCAAUAGAGGACCCAGAAUGGAGACAAACUCCUCCCCCCGUCUCUGCCACAUCUGGGACUUUCCGACUCCGACGAGGGAGUCGAUUUACCUGGAGGAAGGAGUGCCUGGCUGUCAUGGAAAGUUACUUCAAUGAGAAUCAAUACCCAGAUGAAGCAAAGAGAGAAGAAAUUGCAAAUGCUUGCAAUGCAGUUAUCCAGAAGCCAGGCAAAAAAUUGUCCGAUCUGGAACGAGUUACCUCCCUGAAAGUAUAUAAUUGGUUUGCUAACAGACGGAAGGAGAUCAAGAGGAGAGCCAAUAUCGAAGCAGCAAUCCUGGAGAGCCAUGGGAUAGAUGUACAGAGUCCAGGAGGCCAUUCCAACAGUGAUGAUGUUGACGGGAAUGACUACUCCGAGCAGGAUACUUGGCAAGUACGCAAUGGGGAGGAGGAGGAGGGAAGAAGUUCAGAGGGAGGCAGAGAAGCAGAGAAGGAUGACAGCACGAGCCAUAGUGACCACCAAGACCCCAUCUCAUUAGCUGUGGAAAUGGCAGCAGUGAACCAUACUAUCUUGGCAUUGGCCCGACAAGGAGCCAACGAAAUCAAGACAGAGGCCCUGGAUGAUGACUAAUCAGGGAGGGUUAAACAUGACAAGUUAACUUAGUUUAGACGUAGCACCUUAGCAGACUUUCCUCAGUCCUUAACAUGUGUUCUUACAGUAUAACUUGCAGUUUCUUGUAUGUCAGGUAGCCGUUAGGGUCUUGUUCUGUGAAGAUGGCAUGGUGCCCUCAGCCUUUGCAUAUACUCUCUCAGUAUUAAUUCCCAGUAAAUAAUAACCAACCAAYCAACCAAACUCCCUCUCCCAGCCCCUGAGGCUAGAAAAUCUUGCUGCUCCGUCUUAGCAUUCCACAAAAGUGCUUCCAGGUAUUUAGAUAGCCCUCAGUUUUCAAAUAUUAGGCUGUGUGUAAAAUCUUGGGUACCUUUAGAUUCAUGUAACACUAGUCUGUACCCCCUUUUCCUUCCCCAAGAUUGGUAGAAUGCAAGCUGAGGUAGUGGCACAGGAUUGACAGACACCAUUUGGGGAGUAUGCACAGAGUGAAAGGAACACUAGAACCCCCACCUCAGUGUGAGAAUCACUGAUUUCAGCUGCAAUAAGCCGUGCCUCAUUAUAGUCACACUGUGGCUAGACUAUACUUCUUUGGGUGCUGUGCUAAGAAUGUCAAUGGAAAACUCGAUCUCAGAUUUUGGUUGAUGUUAACAUGCCUGACACAGACAUCCUUUCCUCUCACAAGCUGUGUGACUUAGUAGAUAAAAUACUGCCUUCUGCCUUUGGGACCAUGAUUUAAAACAAAACAAAAAGACAAAAAAGUUACAAAAAAAAACAAAACCCAGCUUGAAAGCAGUAUGAGCCGAAUGUCCGAGGGAUGUUAAGUCCAGCUCUCUGAACCACUGUACAUUCCGCAGCACAGUUCUCGGUGCCUGCCUGGAAAAGUCUUGGAGGUUAUCGUGGAAGUUGCUUUCCUCCUAUUGGUGUCCCCUUUCCCUGCUACCAAAAAAAGUCUUUCACAGAUGGAGCUAAGGUCAAAGAUGAGUGAAAGAACGUAGUCUUUGUAUCCAUUAACAGAAGCCCCUCAAUCUGAGUCAGUAGAGGACUUUGUAGGGGAUUGUGCUGACUAUCACAGAUGCAAAAACUUGCCCAAAUAGAGCGAAAAAAGCAGGGGACAUUUACCAUUUACAUUGUGAGUGUGCAAGAUACAAUGGGAUGUAACUGCUUUGUUGUUCUCUUUACUCUGUCCUUGUAGAGGUAUGAAAAGCUAUAUUGCUACAGGCAAUUUAUUUAAUAAUUGGAAGCCAUAUUGAUAAUGGAUGUGGUAAUAUUUGUAAAGUUUAAUCUACUUUAAGCAGCAGUAACUAAUGGAAUUUUUUUCCUUGAUCACAUAUGUAGCACUUUUGUUACUUUUUAAAGAUAUUUAUAUUUGAUAAAUCUUUUUUCAUUUUGAGAACUCAAAAUACCAAACAGUGAACUUGCGUUUAAAGUCACCCUGUGAUCACCUUGUCAUCCAGUAGCAAAAUGAUGAACUAUUCAUGCAUCAAAGAAAAUUACAUCUGCUGGCCUUGUAUGAAAGUGAUCUCCUGGCGUCUCGAUUAAAUGACACACUGUCACUAUGGGUGAGAAGAAAGAGCCUUCAGUGGCAGGGUAGGGUGCRUCUGAAAGAGGCACAAUGGCUGUGUGUUUUCUGCCUCAUUCCGUCUCCUUCAUAUGUCUUCAUAUAUCUAAGCCUUGUUUAAAGGGGUGUGUGGGCUGGCGUUGAGCAAGGCUUGUGUCUCUACCAUUAUCUAGAAACAGUUUCUAAGAUGGAAGGAAGGUGCCAUUUCCCCUUCUCCCUCCUCCCUCACCAAAUGUAUUCGAAGUGAGAGAGAAGAAAGAUUCCUGACUUUGUCCUUGUUUUCCCCCUCUCGUUUGUGGGAUUUUGAAUAUCUGCCAGUUGUUAGCUGGUCUCACUCCACUUAAGACAUACACUGACAGGUCCUCCCCUUAGCGGUAAAUCCUGCUUAUAUGUAAGUAUGAAGAAGUUUGUGAGGGCAUUAGAAUGCCAUCUACCUAGUCUGUGACUUUAAAGAUCUGCAGUAGGGCCUGGUCCUGCCCGUGGGGAAAAUAUAUGCACUUUUUCUCCCAGCUUCCAAGAAUU